CUAAAGUCCUAAAAUAUAACUUUCAAAGGGUGAUCGCCUCUGUAAAAACCUAGCAAGCCGCUCUUAAGAACUUCCCCAUGGACGAAUCCAUCGAGAAAGGUCUGAAAUUGCUGGAAUUGAACGACACUGAUGCAGCCAUUCGAAAAAUCCGUGACAUUGGGAGAAUUAUCGUAAGAGGAUAUGACAUAAGGCUUCGUCGUGAUGUUGUCGAGAAGGCUUUGAGAAAACAUUUCGCUUCAUGUGGAGAGAUCACUGAUGUUUAUAUCCCAAAAGACUAUAGAAAUCAUACACUCUGGAGAAGUGGUUAUAUAUAUUUUCUGGGAGAAGGAGCAGUAGAAAAGGCCUUGCAACUCAAGGGAAGUGACGUGGGAGGAUGGAAUGUCUCUGUUACUGCGUAUCCUUUUAUGCCACAUGCAAACGAUUCCGCUUCUUUAAGAGUUGAAGGAUAUGACCCUUCCCUUAGUCCUGAUGAAACCAAGAGCGCUUUGAUUAAACUUUUCUCUUCAUAUGGAAAGAUCAAGCAUGUCUUCAUUAACGAGCGCUCAGCUUUAGUGGCUCUUUAUGGAGAAGACGCCGCAGUGAAGGCGCCUGAACUUAAUGGGAGCGACAUGGGGGGACGCAAACUAGUUGUUCGCCUUGUUAAUGGACUGGGAAAAUCCACUGUCCAUAGACGCCGCCUCCGUGGCGGCAACAUUUCUGGCCGCCCAGCCCUAGAUAAGAAGGCUAAGACGUCUGCUGAGUAGAAAGCUCUCUAUCUCUCUCUCUCUCGACAAAGCUCUCUUUUGUGUUUUCUGUCUGGAUAUGAUACAAUGCAACCUUUCUCUCUAGAAGUAUCAUGUAAACGCUUAUACAAAUGAAAUAUAUACUAUUUUCCAACUUA